GUAUAAGGCUGAAUCCUCGUCGAAAUUUAUUUAGAUGCAAUAUCAAAUGCAACCGAGUACGACCCACGAGUCAUGAAGGUCCAAGUUAUUCUCAGCUCUCUAGUCCUCCUGAUCAUCUUUACGUUCACGACCGCGGCAAUCGAAUGGAGUCUCAUGCGUCCAGCAAUCGACAAAGCUGUGUUACCGUGUCCCGAGGAUUAUUCCCCGUGUUAUUGCGGUGAUUACCCCACUUUUGGUCUGUACAUUGUCUGUGAAUUGGUUUCGAUCGACGCCAUCGUGUCCGUCUUCAAUCGUACAACAGGCUCAGACAUUUUCUGGCUUCAAUUGAGGCCCUUGCCCGAUUUAUCAACGCGCGGAGUGAACAUUCCGGCCGAUUUAUUGAAUGGAAAACGGGCCAGGGCGAUCGACCUCUACUGUCCGGCCGUUGUCAGUGGAGAUUUGUAUCGGCUGAGCAUCGACACGUACGCCCUAACGUCUUCUGAAGAUCUCAUCGAAUAUUUUUACAUACUCGGAUGUGAUCUAAGCCAGCAAACGGAUUUCAACUUCUUGACUGGAUUCAACAAGUUGAUGAAUUUGUAUUUGUACGGCUCGGCAAACAUUCAAGCGUUUCAGAAUCUACCCGCGUUACCUAACAUGGUAACGUUGAGCAUUAACCAAUGCACGGGAUUAGAUUCGAUCGAGUUCCCAGCGCAGUCUCUUCCCAAGUUGCAGCAAGUCUACAUGACGGACAAUCAGCUGGACGACCAAUCAGCCACGAACAUAUUAGCGUCUAUUAACUCGUCUACGUCGGUCGACACAGUCGUUGUGCUUUCAUUAGCUUACAAUAAUUUAACACGAAUUCCGGACGAGGUGGUCUUCUUCAGCCAAUUGAACGAUUUGAGUUUAUCUGGAAAUCGAUUGCCACUUAUUUCAUCAUCUUCACUUGCAUUGCCAUCACCGAGGAUACAAAGAUUGGCAUUGACUAAUGUUUCUUUAAACACGAUUGAGCCCGGAGCCUUGAAAGCAAAUGUUGUCCUGGCUGAUCUGACGAGAAACAACCUGACGCAAUUUGAAUCGCUCGUCUUUCAGCCCAUGCUUGAAGGCAUGAUAACGCUGAAUGGCAGUCUUUCCAUCGAUUCAAAUCCGUUUGAAUGCGAUUGCACUUUGGCUUGGCUGAUUCGUGACAACCGCAACUUGCUGUCCGUCGUCCACGGGGCUACGUGUUCGAAUUCCACCCGAUUCGAACAACUCAAUCCAAACGGUUUCAGCGAAUGCCUGUAGCUGUAAACUCGUGUAAUUUGUAAGCUGCAGUGUU